CACUCGCCAGUACUCCGCCCCGCUCCGAGCAGCUCGCGCGCGCCCAGACAUGACCGUCAGACAAUUCACUCGCGAGGAGGUGUCCAAGUGGACCACGAGAGAGGAAGCGGUUUUCAUUAUCGACAAUGUGGUGUACAACGUGACCAAGUUCCUGGACGAGCACCCCGGUGGGCACGAGGUCCUGGUCAACGUGGCCGGCAAGGACGCGUCCGAGGACUUCGACGACGUGGGCCACAGCCUGGACGCCAAGGAGCUCAUGAAGAAGUACGUGGUGGGCGAGGUGGUGGAGGCCGAGCGCCGGCACAUACAGAAGCGGCAGAUCUCCUGGGAGGACAGCAAGGUGGACAGCGACAGCAGCUUCACGAGCUCGUGGAAGUUCCCGGUGCUGCUGGGCAUCGUGGUCACCCUGCUCUACACCUACCUGUUCGGCUGACGCGCUCAGCGGGAGUGUGUGCUGUGUGACACAAUGCAACCAUUACAGACUGCUGUGAGAUUGUAUUUUACAAGGUUUUGUGCGUAAAUUAUACAUAGGUAUAUUGUGAUAUUUAAUUAAAGCCAUUUUAUAACUUU